GUACCACCCCAGACAGGUAGGCGUCUGUGCCCUAAAUAAAAAUGCAACAUCUAGAUAUAGCCAAGAAAGAAUCUGGUAAAAUAUGGCACAGAAAGCCUUCUGCUUCUUAUGAAGAUGGGUUGAUUGUGAAAAUCAGUCAUGGUUCCUCCGGACCAUUCCUUUCACAUACCCAUAAUGUACGCUUUCUCCACGCAACAUUUGACUCUUCUGGGGAUAGGUUUGUGGCAGGUGACCAUCAAGGCAACCUUAUAGUAUUUGACCUAACAAGAAACAGAUUUCAGUUAGUUCAGAAAACAGGAAAGUCUUGUACAUCAUUGGCAUUCAAAUUACGAAGAAAAACAGAAAUACUUGCUACGUUCUCUGACUAUUCUAUCAAAUGUUAUGAUACUGACACCAAAGAGCUAGUGAGUUGGAUGAAAGGCCACAAGACCGCUGUGCAUUCAAUCUCCGUUCAUGGAUCUGGACGUUAUGCAAUCACGACCUCGUCAGAUGCUGCCCUGCUUUGGGAUUUGGACACGUUCACGAGAAAGAGAAAACUCAACGUCAAAGAUAAUGUUGAUAUUGUGAAGGUUUUCUUCCUGCCACUUAGUAACACCAUUAUCACAUGUUUUAAGGAUGAUUCCAUUUUUGCAUGGGAGUCGGAUACUCUCAAGUGUAAAUAUCAACUUCCAGUGCCUGAAGGUCAACGUCCUCAGUAUAAGGCUUUCGCAACAACAAGAGAUGGUAGAAUGUUGGUAGCAGGAGGAAAGUCCAGGUUUCUACAUAUCUGGUGUCUGGACACACAGAGUCUACUUCGUGUCAUUGAGUUGCCUACUAAAGUUCAUGUAGUCAAACAGCUGCAGUUUCUACCUGAGAGUUUUGAUGGAGGCUCAGGGCAGGUUGUUGGAGUGCUAAGCCAGGAUGGUAUCAUGCGUUUUAUCAACAUAUUCAGCUUCCGUCUUGAGUUUGACAUUGGCAGUCUUGAGGACCGUAUACUGAAUGCAGAUGUCAGCCCAUCUGGUCGCCAUAUUGUUGCUGUGGUGGAAAGCGGUUGUCUGAAUUUGUAUUGUGUAUCAUCUCUUACAGCGGAACGGAACAAGCCGCCACCUCCUCUUGUAAAGAUGGUAACAAAGAAGGGGCAGGGAACUCAAAUUAGGUCAGUCACUCAUCCUAAAGCUGGACAAGGAAGGGGAAGGAGUAAAACUUUAAAGACAGAGGAGCCCCGGUUGCCAAUGGAUACAGCUUCCACAAAAGAUUCAGAAGAUGAUGUGACUGGAUUGCCAGACGGCCUUGAUAUGAACAGACUGAAAGCUAUUCUCAAAGGCUAUGGAGAAUACCCUGCCAAGUAUAGGAUGUUCAUCUGGCGCUCGGUGCUUCGACUCCCUGAGAAUCACACAGCCUUCAGUAAUUUGGUGGACAAAGGGACUCACACGGCAUGGUCCAAGGUGCAUGAAGAUUAUCCAAUCAAAAGCAGAAAACUUCUCAGAGUUCUACAGAGAACACUGUCAGCUUUGGCCCAUUGGAGUGUGAUUUUCGGUGAGACCAACUACCUUCCUGUUCUGGCCUUCCCGUUCAUCAAGCUGUUUCAGAACAACCAAUUAGUCUGCUUUGAAAUCAUAGCUACUGUGUUAGUGAAUUGGUGUCAGCAUUGGUUUGAGUUCUUCCCAAACCCACCAAUCAAUGUCCUUUCCAUCGUCGAAAACCUUCUCGCUCACCAUGACAAAGGACUCUUGCAACACUUUGUCAAGUACGGCAUCACAACUCAGGUGUAUGCUUGGCCAAUGAUGGAGACAUUAUUCUCAGAGAUUGUUACAAGAGAUGAAUGGUUGAAGCUCUGGGACAAUAUAUUCACCAACCAUCCAUCCUUUAUGUUGUGUAUUGUGGUGGCUUACCUCAUCUGCUCAAGACAGCCAUUGAUAAAUUGCAUUGAACAUUCAGAUUUUGAAUACUUCUUUCAUCAUCGCAAUCCUGUGGAUAUUAACUCAGUGCUGAAAACAGCAUAUGAACUUCAAGACACCACUCCUCCUGAAAUUAAUCCUGCUAACUCGAUAGAAGAUUUUAAACCACUGACUCGGGGCCAGUAUCCGGUUUUUAAUAAAUACCCCAAGUUUAUAGUCGACUACCAGGCCCAAGAACGGGAGCAAAUCAGGCAAGAUGAACUGGACUACCUGCAUCAGAGACAAGUCGCGACAGAGAUUAAACAACAAUCGCAACUGAGGCAGAAGAAGGAGGAGGCCUGGUAUCACCAACAAGAACUCCUGCAAGAAGCAGAAGAAGAAAGGAGAAGAAACAUAAUGGCAGAGGAACAAAAACUUGCUGAUCAAAGACUUAGAUUACAGGCCAUGAAACGUGAACUCUGUAUGCGCGAGAUGCAAGUGUUGGACGCAACCAGGAUGCGUUUCAUGGAGCACCUGCAAGGUCAACGAGAUACGCAGUUGAAGAGGCUUGACGAUGAACUUAUGAGAAAGUCUCUGCUACGCGAUCAAGAAACUCAAUCUGCUGUGGCCGAUGUGGAGAUUAAAAGCAUGGAAUUGGAGAUCCAAAAAGAGAGACUAGAGCAGGAAUUGGCCAGGGAAUCAAGUGCUGUGGACUUCAAGGAACGGGUUGGUCAUGACUCUCACAGACAACAGGCUGAGCUUGAGGAAAGGGUUGGCAAGAAAGCCUGGCAAAGCGAUCUGCUUCAGCAUCAACAAGACAAAACGAAUGCACAGUGGAGAUUAGCAUUAGCUGACCAACAAAUGGCCGACAGUGAAUUCCACAAUCAAGUGAAACAUCGCGAGACACUGGAUCAUAUUCACAGAAAGCUACAUCAGUUACAGGUGAGUACUUUACAAGCAAGGACAAAAAAUGAAGAAGAAGCUAUCUGGGACAAAGUGCAAGAACUUAAGAGAGAAAAGAAGGAAAGGAUUCGAGAAAUGAUGGAUAACAAAGGAAGAAAAGAGAAGUUUGCUGAUGUACAUGAAAUUCAAACUCAUUCAGAGAACUCGCCCCAGCAAACAGAUGAAUUGUCCCUUAAUAGAGGGAGGGUUGCAUUUGUAGAACGUGAAAGAGAAUUACUGCAGCAGGUUCAUGAACUUAGAAGCAAGAUUGCAUUAGACAACAACCACCGUCAACACCAUACAAACGUGGCGAGGUACUCCUUAGAAGCAGUUAUUUAAAGGACUGUUGAAAUAGGCAACAAUCGACCAUUCCAGAAUGUUAAUCAAACUUAACAACUGGCCAAUCAAAACGCUAUGCAAGCAGCGCAUGUGUGUGUACAUAUGUUUAGGCUGUCGUGUUGUGGCACCUUAGCAACGAUAUCUAAGGGGCGGAGCUUAACGGAAAAGUUCAUUAUCAUAAAUGCCGUACCAAAAGCAGAGUCUCCAAUAGUAAUUUGGUUUGCUGUAUAAAAUCCUAGGCUGUUUUGUAUUUCAUGUACUUUAGUUAUACUUGUUAAUUAUUUUUAUUCUAUUGUAUUUGUACAUCUAUAUCUGGAAUUCCAUAAAUCAAAUAAAAUUUGGUGACGUAGUAUUCAGAAAAAGGUGAGCUGAAUGCCUGUCAUAAUUAUCAGACACGAAAAAUAGUAUAGAGUAGCAAGAGGUUCUGCUGUCUUGCUUUUCCAUGCACGGAACAAAAUGAAAAACAAAGUACUACCACCAGAAGUGGGGGCGCCCUAUUAGAAUUCGAAAAGAGUUGUAGAAAUGCGAACAUGAGCCCACUAGAUCGUGAUAGUACAUUUCCAGAUAGGAUUCUGUUUCAAGGAAACUUCGGCAAUUCGAUGCUUUUUGACAAGAAGAAUCGUUAAGUUUGUUGAUGUCCCUGCGUCGGCGACCAUCAGCAGACAGAUCCAUUUCCGUUCCUUGUAAGGGCUUAAAUAUGGGACAUUAGUCCAUGGGCUAGCAGGGGUCAUGGUGAACCCCUCCCCCACCCCCACUCACAGAAAAACUUCAUUGAUAUUCUUCUGUUCCCAUGGUUACAUCAUUGUAUGAUGGUUGUUACAAGUGAUUUAUAGUAAAUGCAAAUUUUGGGGUGAGGAUAACGUUUGUGUUCAUAAUUUUGUUUCUGUAAACAAAUAUGCAUGCAUUUGGUACCAACAUGUAGCAUAUUAGUUAAACUCAAUCACUUAUAUUUUGAAAAUUCGGAAUCCGAUGAUUACUGACGUCAUUAGAGGUCAAAAUGUCAUUGACACUUUAACAAAAUGCGAAUUUCACCAUAAAGCAUCAUAAAAUUAAUUUUUUUUAAAAUUGAAAUUGUAAAUAGAUAUUAUCAUUAUUUAUUAUUGUACACACUGUAAUAUGGAAUUAAGAAACAGGGUUUUAAAUACAAUGCAUACAGUGUUUAAAUAAAUAAAUAACACAAUAUAGACACAAGCAUUUCUUUAUAAACAUUUACUUAUGAUGACGUAGGACCUGUGAAGGCCUACCGAACUACGGGAAUAUGUGAGAUACAAAAUGUUAUAAGCGUCGCAGCGCUUUUUCAAGCAUUUACGGUAUAUAAAAUAAAAUUAACAAAUCAUUAGCACAAGACAGAAACAUUUGAAGCAACAUUACAAUACAUUAUCAUCAGAAACAACAACAAAAAUUAAAAUUGCUAAAAAGCAGGGGUGGUACCAGUGGAGGAGCCAGGGCCCCCCGUCGGGGAAAAAAAGAACAAUUCGUCAGUGAGAAAAAAAAAAGUAUAAUGUAUGAAUUUUCUUCGUAUUAGAACACUUUAAAAGCGAUUAAAUAAACCCUAAAAACCCCUAAAUUGCCAUAAUUUUCGGGGGCUCCGCCCACUGGACUGCAAUAGAAGCCCUAUUAAGGGGACUUACAUAUUACGGAAAUUAUUACUGUUCAACAUUUUUUUCUAAUCGUCGAUUUUGACAAAUGGUAAAUGAGAAAUAAUAAUUUGUUUCAUCAGAAAAAAAAUAAUUUGUUUCUAGAAUAUCUUCCUGGAUCAUAUGUUGCAUUAGGCCUAUGAAUGAAAUGCUUUAAUCCUUUACCAUUGUCAAAUUGUUUAAGUCCUGUGGAGUAAGGGUGACAGAGGUUUUUUUACAAACACGACUGCAGUUAUUUUCUAAUAACAGGUUGGCUUUAAAUAUCACAAAUAACCGAUUGAAAUCAACGGACGAAAAGACCAGAAAGAAAACGUGGCUAUUAUUUAACACAGUCAUAAAAUAUUCCAAUGAAGCAAUAGAUUUGAAACAAAAAAAAAAAAUCAGCAAAUACAGUAUAUUUAAUAUUUGUCCACACUAUCGUAUUUUAUAUGUGUAACUGUAUCAAUGGAAUUCCCAGAAAUUGAUCGGAAUAAAGUCUGAAAAUAAACAUCCAGGAAAUCAGUGCAACAUAAUGAACAUUUUUAAAGAUUACUCUUAGUGUAUUGUGCAGACAAAACAAGUGAGACGGAUGCUUUCUCGACUGAUUUGUCUCUAAUUUGAUUUCAGGCCAUUGAAUAGAGUACUUGAGGUAUAUGAAGAACAUUACUUCCUUAUUUAAAUUUCUUUUAAGUGAGUUGAUUAUUACAGCACAGCCGAUAGUGAGUGAUUAUUACACUCUCAUUAAAUAAGAAGGCAUAACCAAAUCGCCUAUGCGUGUCAAGCUCUACUUCAAUGAUGUUCUUGUUGAAACUAGGCCUACUAUUUUUAAUCUGAAAUCAAUACAAUUUUCAUUACAGCACAUACCG